UGGGUUUGGGUAGAAUGGCUUGAAUGGUAUGGGCUACCCAAAUCCUCCCGAACAAAGCGCCAUGUAGGCCCGUCCCGUACAAAACAUUGAGAAAGCUCAAACCCCACAAAGCGCAGUUCCCCGUCCACCUCUCGCUCUCGGCGUUCCCGAACCCUCUCGUCUCGUCGUCUCCCCGACGCCGCCGCUUCCGCUUCCGCCGGUGAGCUAGGGCUUCCUGCUCCGGGGCCUCCCCCCGGGUCCCGCCUUCAUGGCAGGAGACAGCGAUGACGAGGAUCUCGUGGUCUACGGGACGCCCAUCGAGCGGGAGGAGGACACCUCCGCCCGCAAGCGCCGGGCCGUCGCCGAGUCCGGACAGCUCCGCGCCCUGCCCGCCUGGAAGCAGGAGGUCAGGGAUGAGGAAGGAAGAAGAAGAUUUCACGGUGCAUUUACUGGAGGCUUCUCUGCUGGCUUUUACAAUACUGCUGGCUCAAAAGAGGGGUGGACUCCACAGACAUUUACAUCAUCACGAAAAAAUAGAGCUGAGGUGAAAAAGCAAAGCAUACAUAGUUUUCUUGAUGAGGAUGAUGUAAAGGAUAUGGGAGGUAAUGCUUUGGAGACAUCUCAGCAGUACGAUACUUUUGGUUUUACAGCUGCUGAAUAUGCCCGAAAACAAGCAUCCAAGGAACAAAAAGAGAGACCAUUGGCUAUACCUGGUCCAAUACCUGAUGAAUUGGUUGUCCCUACCACAAAUUCAAUUGGUGUGAAGUUGCUAACGAAAAUGGGUUGGCGCCAAGGACGCUCCAUCAGGGACUCGCAUUCUGAUUCUUUAUAUGAAUCACGGAGGAAUGCUAGAAAAGCUUUUAUUGCGCUCUCUGGUGUCAAGAAUGACGAGGGUGAAGAUCAAAUUGAUUCUGACAAGCCUAGCUUAGAUCAAACUGUUGUGGGCUCAUUUGAGGAAAUGCGUGCAUCCAGAAACACUCCUGUCUACGUGCUUCAUCCAAAGCAGGAUUUGCAUGGAUUAGGUUAUGAUCCAUUCAAGCAUGCUCCUGAGUUUAGAGAUAGGAAAAAAUUGCAGAAGUCAAGAGAUAGGGACCACAAAAGAAAUAAUGUUUUAACAAGGGGAAGUCUUCUGAUUUCGAACUCAGGACAUUAUGCACCUGGCUUUGGGAUUGGAGCUCUUGAAGAGCUUGAUGUUGAAGAUGAGGAUAUUUAUGCAUCAGGUUUUGCUUAUGAGCAAACUGAAGUUGAUAUCGAGCCUUCAAAAACCGGUGAUGGUAAUUACAAACUUGACAACAGAAAAAGAGGUGUCUUCCUGAGCUUUAAGAUUGCCACAAAUUCCGAUUACAAACUUGAAAGAUUCCAUCCUCCUGAGAUCCCCGUUGAUUUUGAUGGUCGACACAAGUUUCCAACUCCAGUUCAGCCUGCAGAGAAGUUUUCUGAUUCUGCUCCUCCUGAGGUUCCUCCUCCAGAAGACACUAGCUUGGCACUAUUGAUUGAGGGUUGUGCAGCUAUGGUUGCACGUUGUGGAAAACAUAUUGAAGAUUUUUAUAAGAAGAAAAGUAAGACAAAUCCACAGUUUCUUUUCCUUAGUGGAGGAGAUGGUUGUAACUGCUAUACAAGAAAAUUAUGGGAGCAUCAGCAAAAAUAUAUUGGUCAGCGAAGGCCAGUUGUUGCAAAGUCAAAGCCUCCUUCUGACAAGUUGACAGCAGAGAAUCGUGGGAAAAUUCUUGGCGAAAGGCCCCUUGAUAGAAGUACCAAACUACAUAGCUCAUCUCUCUCUGCGAGAGAAGCAGUUCAACUUCAAUCCAAUCUUGUUGACACGUUUGUCAAGCCAAUUUCCCUUGAUGGUCUACCUGAGUCUGAGAAGCCUUUUAGAAAUGAUCCUGCCAAACAAGCUAGAUUUGAGCAGUUUCUUAGAGAUAAAUAUCAGGGAGGUCUUCGUGCUGCAAAUGUUACACAUAUAAGUACAAUGUCAGAUGCUGAUCGUGCUCGAGAAAGGCUGGAUUUUGAGGCUGCUGCAACGGCAAUUGAAAAGGGCAAGGAAAAAAAGGUUAUUGAUCCUUCAUCAGUGCUGUGGUUGCCUGGAAUGAAUGAGCAACGUUUUAUAUCGGCAACUCAACUAGAGGGCUCUGUAGUGCCUCAAGAUGAGAAACCCAUCUAUCCACGAAGGGAGCAGUUUGAGUGGCGACCUUCACCAAUACUGUGCAAGCGUUUUGAUGUUGUUGACCCUUUCAUGGGGAAGCCAAUGCCUAUUCAAAGACCAAGAAGCAAGAUAGACAACCUCAUCUUAAUGACAGAAUCCACCAAGGGAACAAAGGAUGAAGUAGAGAGUUCUAGUAGGAGUUCACAGCAUGCUUCUGUGGCAAGAAUAACAGAGGCUGGAUCACAGGGAACUGCAAAUGACCCUGAUAUUGAGCACAGCAGCAUGCAAAGACAUGUUGAUCUUUACAAGGCUAUCUUUUCUGAUGACUCAGAUGAUGAUACGGAAGAAAUUCUUAAUAAUCAACCAGUGGAUCCAGUAAAGACAAGUGAAGGUGCCAACAUGGCUCUCAAUCGUCUUGUUGCUGAGGAUUUCCUUGAAUCAUUGGGUAAAGAACUGGGGUUGGAGGUCCCACCAGAAAGACCAGAUGUUUUAUUUAGAUCUGAAACACUUUCAGCAGCUGGUGCAAGUGUCUCAUCUAAGAAUGAAAAGAUAACAUCUGUUUGCACGGAAGUAAAGGAGAAUCAGAGCUCUCUUGGCAUGGCGGAAGUUGGCAAGGCCAAUGCAGAUGCUCCUUUAGCCAGUGCUGAAAAGAUUUAUUUGAGAUAUGAGAAGCAGGAGCAUAGAACCGAGGAAAGCAGGUCACACCCUUCGCAUCGGCAAAGCAAGAAUUGUAGUCCGGAUUCUGAUUCAUCUAGUGAACGGCAUAGGAGUAGGAACAGAAGAUCACAUCAUUACAUCCGGAGUGGAACUCCAGAAUCUGACUCUUCCAGUGAACGCCAUAGGAGUAGGAGAAGAAAGUCUCAUUCAAGGCAUAGAAAAGGCAGGAGUAGAACUCCGGAUGCUGAUUCUCCCAGUGCCACCCAACACGAUGAUAGAAAACGCCAGAAGAAAAGGCAUCACCGAACUUACACACCUGAUACUGAUUCUAGCGAUCAUGAAUACAAGGAAAGAUUCAAAUCUAGUAAAGACAGAAGCAGAAAACAUUCUAGACACCACAAGCACGGAAGAAAAGAUCAUGCAGAAUGAGAAUUGCAGGAAUAUACGACUGUACAGGUCAGGGAAAAUUCAGGGAAGAGCUGCUGUUCCUUUUGCAAACCAUGUAAGUUUGAUGAGAACACUGGGGGAGAUAAGAAACAAUGCUUGCAUUGCAUGUUCAUGUUACAAGUACCACCGAAGUAUCUAAUUUUUCACCAGAAGCUUGAUGCAUGAUACAAGUCGAAUGCUGUGGAUGCUUUCCUUGUUUGUAGACCUAUUGUCCACAUGUCGCGCCUCGACCUUCGUUGUUUGUCCUUGUUUUUGCGUGUCUUUCCAACUCUGUCCACCCUAUCAGAUGUACAUAGACUCUCACAAGACAGAAGUAUGUCUUGAGCUUUUUUUGAAGAUCUUCCCAGAUUUGUUGUCCAUCUAAAAUUUUCAGCUAGGACAAGGUGUAUUCUCUGAGGCAUUCUCGUGUUGUGAACUAGUGAUCUUCAUGAAGACACAAUGACAAGUAGACUGUUUAUCA